CAACAGGGCUCUGACUAUUCCCAACGAGGGCCUCAUACGCUACUACUGGUUCUUGAACCGCGAGCGUCUGCUCGUCACUUCUCCCAAGGCUCUGGGCGAGGUGCUCACCACAAACAGCUACUCCUUCGAGAAGCCCGAGAACGUCAAGACCUUACUCGGUCGCAUUCUGGGCUAUGGCGUUCUGGUGGCCGAGGGGGAUGAGCACAAGCGCCAGCGGCGCAACUUGAUGCCGGCUUUUGCGUUCCGACACAUCAAAGACCUGUAUCCCGUCUUCUGGGACAAGUCGCGCGAGGCGGUCCGGGCUAUGACCAAGGAGUGCGGCGACCGCGGCCAGGCGGACCUGGAGGUCGGCGAAUGGGCAUCGAGGGUGACGCUCGACAUUAUUGGCGUCGCGGGCUUGGGCAGGGACUUCCGGGCCAUCCAGGAUGAGCACAACGACCUCGUCCAGACGUACCAGUUCCUCUUCAAGCCGAAGCCGCCGGCCAAGCUUCUGGUCUUCCUGGCCGCGUUGGUGCCCACGUGGCUGCUCUACCGACUGCCGCUGGAGCGAAACAGGGAAGUCGACGCGGCCGCCGCAACUAUCAGGGCCGUGUGCCGGGAUCUGAUCCGAGAUAAGAAGCAAAAGAUGAUGGCCAACAAGGAGCGCACCGACGUGGACAUUCUCUCCGUCGCGCUCGAGAGCGGCCAGUUUACCGACGAGAACCUGGUGGACCAGCUCAUGACGUUCCUGGCCGCCGGCCACGAGACGACGGCGACGGCAAUGACCUGGGCCAUCUACUUCCUCUGCUGCUCGCCCGAGAUUCAGACGCGGCUACGCAACGAGGUCCGCGAGAGGCUGCCUUCCACGGACGACGUCGGCGCCACCAUCACGAGCCUGGACAUUGACCGCAUGCCGUACCUCAACGCGGUCUGCAGCGAGGUGUUGCGGUACUUUAGCCCGGUCCCGAUGACGGUGCGCGAGGCGGCUCACGACACCACCAUCCAGGGCGUCCGCGUACCAAAGGGCAUCCGCGUCUCCCUGUCCCCCUUUGCCGUCAACGUGGACCCGAAGCUCUGGGGCCCGGACGCGGGCCAGUUCAACCCGGACCGCUGGAUCUCGGCCGACGGGCUCUCGGACGAGAGCAACCGCAAGGCGGCGAGCGGCGGCGCGGUGAGCAACUACGCCUUCAUGACGUUCCUCCACGGGCCGCGCAGCUGCAUCGGGGCGAGCUUUGCCAAGGCGGAGUUUGCCUGUCUCUUGGCGGCCUGGAUCGGCCGGUUUGAGUUUGAGCUUGCGAAUGAGGAGGAGAAGGAUCUGGACAAGGUUGAUAUCAAGGGGGGCGUGACGGCGAGGCCGGCGAAGGGAUUGCAUGUGAGGACCAGGGUGCUGCCGGGCUACUGA